GUGGCGCCAUAAGGGUCGGUAGGCUUUUGUCUUGUUUCUGAGGUGUUCUUUGGGUUCCCCGUAAUAUUUUAAGAGGAAAGACCUUAAACUUCCUUUUUCCCUGAUUGUGGUAUCUGGGUGUAACCUUUCCCUCAUGUUGGUGGUCACUUUGUGUUAUCAUAAGGUCUAGAAUCCUGGUCAGAGAAAAGCCGUAACUAAGGGAGAACUCGGAGGCGACGCUGGGAAAACGCCCGGAGUUACAGAAACUGACUUCUACGAUUAGAGCCGCCAGCUCUCCUGACAGAAAAAAGGUUUGAGAAGAAUGAAACAGUGAAGUAUUUGUCCUUGGUGUUUCAAGGGACAGCUUCACAAACAGACCAGAAAAGGUCUGUUCUUUGAUGAUCAUGAAGAUCACAACUCGUGGCACUCCAGUAGGAGGGAAUGAAGGUCAGGGACAGACUCCUGAUGGACAGUCUCAGUCUUCUUUCCAACAAAACCAGAUGUCAUCAUCUGAUUCUUCCAAUGAGAAUUCACCAAUAACUCCACCAGAUGAACAAGGCCAAGGUGAUGCUCCACCACAGCUUGAAGAAGAAGAUCCUUCAUUUCCUCAUGCUGACCUGGCAAAGCUGGAAAGCAUGAUCAGCAGGUCCCGAUGGGUGGUUCCUGUUUUGCCAAAGGGUGAAUUAGAAGUACUUCUAGAAGCUUCAAUUGAUCUUAGUAAAAAAGGCCUUGAUGCUAAAAGUGAAGCAUGUCAGCGUUUUUUUCGUGAUGUUUUAACUGUGUCUUUUACAAAAAUCCUAACGGAUGAGACAAUGAGUGGAUGGAAGUUUGAAAUUCAUAGGUAUAUUAUUAACAAUACCCAUCGCCUGGUGGAGCUUUGUGUGGCUAAGUUGUCUCAGGAUUGGUUUCCAUUUCUAGAGCUACUAGCCAUGGCUUUAAAUCCUCAUUGCAAAUUUCAUGUCUUUAAUGGUUCACGUCCAUGUGAAUCACUGUCAAGUGUUCAGCUUCCUGAAGAUGAACUCUUUGCCUGUUCUCCAGACCAACGUGUACCAAAAGGUUGGUUAGUGGAUCUCAUUAACACAUUUGGCACACUGAAUGGUUUCCAGAUUUUGCUUGAUUGUUUCAUUAGUGGAUCAACAUUAAAUAUUCACAUAAUUGCAGCUCUUAUUAAGCCAUUUGGACAGUGCUAUGAGUUUCUCACUCAAUAUACAUUAAGAAAGUACUUUAUUCCAGUUAUAGAAAUAGUUCCACAGUUAAUACAAAAAUUAACAAAUGAAGAACUGAGAAGGGAAGCAAAGACUGAAGUGAAAAAUGAUGCCAUUUCAGUGAUUAUUAAAUUUCUAAAAAAAUUAGCUUCAAGAAUUCCGGGACAAGAAGAAACUAUUAAAAAUUUAGAAAUAUUUAGGUUAAAAAUGAUACUCAGAUUGCUGCAGAUUUCUUCUUUUAAUGGAAAGAUGAAUGCACUUAAUGAAAUUAACAAGGUGCUAUCAAGUGUGUCAUAUUAUGGUAAUUCUGAGGAAGAGUGGCUAACCGCUGAGCAAAUGGCUGAGUGGAUACAGGAAAACAAUAUCUUAUCCGUAGUCUUACAAGAUAGUCUUCAUCAACCACAGUAUGUGGAAAAGCUAGAGAAGAUUCUUCGUUUUGUAAUUAAAGAAAAGGCUCUUACUUUACAGGAUCUUAAUAAUAUCUGGGCAGCACAGGCUGGAAAACAUGAAGCCAUUGUGAAGAAUGUACAUGACUUACUAGCAAAAUUGGCUUGGGAUUUUUCUGCUGAACAACUUGACCACCUUUUUGACUGCUUUAAGUCAAGCUGGACAAGUGCAAGUAAAAAACAACGUGAAAAGCUCCUUGAACUGAUAAGUCGUCUCGCAGAAGAAGAUAAGGAUGGUAUGAUGGCACAGAAAGUAUUGAAUCUUCUUUGGAAUCUAGCCCACAGUGAUGAUGUACCCAUAGAUAUUAUGGAUCUGGCUCUCAGUGCACAUAUAAAAAUACUUGAUUAUAGUUGUUCCCAGGAUCGAGAUAUACAAAAAAUCCAAUGGAUAGACUGCUUCAUAGAAGAACUUAGAGCAAAUAAUAAAUGGGUUAUUCCUGCACUGAAACAAAUAAAAGAGAUUUGUACUUUGUUUGCUGAAGCUCCUCAACAUUUAAGUUCUAAUUUCAGUCAAACUCAUCGAAGUCCACAUGUAUUUUAUCGUCAUCACUUAAUUAGCCAGCUUCAACAUAAUCACUCUUUAGUUACUGUGGUAGCAGAAAACCUUGCAUCCUAUAUGAACAGCAUAAGAUUAUAUGCCAAAGAUCAUGAAGACUAUGACCCACAGACUGUACGACUAGGAAGUCGAUACAGUCAUGUUCAAGAAGUUCAAGAACGGCUUAAUUUCCUCAGAUUUUUACUGAAGGAUGGUCAACUCUGGCUGUGUGCUCCCCAGGCAAAACAAAUAUGGAACUGCUUAGCAGAGAACGCAGUUUACUUUAGUGAUAGGGAAGCUUGUUUUAUGUGGUAUUCCAGGUUAAUGGGAGAUGAACCGGACUUAGAUCCUGAUAUCAGUAAGGAAUUUUUUGAAAGUAAUGUUCUUCAGCUCGAUCCUUCUCUAUUAACUGAAAAUGGAAUACAGUGUUUUGAAAGGUUUUUUAAAGCUGUUAAUUGUCGAGAAGGGAAACUAAUGGUAAAAAGAAGAGUCUAUAUGAUGGAUGAUUUGGACCUAAAAGGAUUAGACUAUCUUUGGAAGGUUGUGAUUCAGAGUAGUGACUAUAUUUCGACCAGGGCAAUAGAUCUCCUUAAAGAGAUAUACACAAACCUUGGUCCGACAUUACAGGCUAACCAGGUAGUUAUUCAUGAAGACUUUCUUCAAUCUUGCUUUGAUCGCUUGAAAGCCUCAUAUGAUACAUUGUGUGUUUUGGAUGGUGAUAAAGACAGUACUGUUAGCUGUGCAAGACAAGAAGCCAGCCAAAUGGUUCGCAUAUUAAUGGUUUUAAGGGAGUACAUACGAGAAUGUGACAGUGAUUAUCAUGAGGAAAGAAUGAUUCUACCUAUGUCAAGAGCAUUUCGUGGAAAACACUUGUCUCUUACAGUUCGAUUUCCAAACCAGAGCAGACAAGUUGAAGAUUUAGACAUACUGUCUCAUACAAAUGAUACCAUCGGUUCUGUGCGGCGCUGCAUUCUCAAUCGUGUUAAUGCCAACAUAGCACAUACAAAAAUUGAACUGUUUGUAGGUGGAGAGUUGAUAGAUUCUGAAGAUGACAGAAAGUUAGUGGAACAAUUAAAUUUGAAAGAUAAAUCACUAAUUACGGCACAGUUUAUACAAAUAAAUUCCAACGUGCCUUCAAGUCCUGAUAGCUCAUCUGAUUCUUCAGCUGGAUCUCCUGGAAACCACUGUCAUAACUACAGUGAUUAUCCCAGUCCAAAAAUGGAAAGUUGUUUACCUGGGGUGAUAAUGUCACUGCAGCCCAGAUAUAUAACUUUCCUAUGGCAAGUUGCAGAUUUAGGUAGCACGUUGACUAUACCAGCUAUUAGAGAUGGAGCAAGAGUACUUAUGAAACUUAUGCCACCAGAUAGCACAACUAUAGAAAAAUUAAGAGCUGCAUGUUCAGACCACUUAAAUCAUGGAGAAAGCCAACUUAAUGAAUCUCUUGACUCACUUUUUUUUGGUUCUUCUGCUUCCCAAGUACUAUAUUUAACAGAGGUAGUUUACAUCUUAUUAAUGCCUGCUGGUGGACCUUUAGCUGAUAUUUCCUCUGACUUUCAGUAUCAUUUCCUAAAAAGUGGUGGUUUACGCCUCGUUCUGAGUAUGUUGGUAAAAAAUAACUUCCUACCAAAUACAGAUGUUGAAACUCGUAGAGAUGCUUACUUCAGUGCUCUUAAAAUAGCCAAACUCUUGCUAACUGCCAUUGGCUAUGGCCAUGUCCAGGCUGUAGCAGAAGCAUGUCAGCCUGUUCCCGAUGGUACAGAUCCUAAAACACCGAUUAACCAGGUCACUCAUGAUCAAGCCGUGGUGCUACAAAAUGCCCUUCAGAGCAUUCCUAAUCCUACAUCUGAGUGCAUGCUUAGAAAUGUAUCAGUUCGUCUUGCUCAACAAAUAUCUGGUUUGGCCUCAAAAUAUAUACCUGAUAUUUGUGUUAUUAGAGCUAUGCAAAAAAUUGUCUGGGCGUCAGGAUGUGGAUCAUUAGAGCUAGUAUUUAGUCCAAAUGAAGAGAUCAUAAGAACUUAUGAGAUGACUACCGGAAAUAGAAGUCAUCCAGCAGUUCAGGAUGAACAAGUUUGCUGUGAAGCCCUGGAAGUGAUGACCUUAUGUUUUGCUUUAAUUCCAACAGCUUUGAGUUCACUUAGUAAGGAAAAGACCUGGCAAUCAUUUGUCAUUGACUUACUAUUAUACUGUCCUAGCAAAACUAUCCGGCAGUUGGCCCAGGAGCAGUUCUUUUUAAUGUAUACCAGAUGUUGCAUGGGUCAGAGAACUUUGCUAUUCUUCGUUACUCUACUGUUUACCAUUUUGGGGAGUGCAGAAACUGAGAGGGGGAAACAGUCAGAUGACUACUUCACACUUUUAAGGCGUCUUCUUAUUUAUGCUUACAACAGCAGUAUUCAUGUACCAAAUACUGAUGUUCUUCUCAACAAUGAAAUUGAUUGGCUUAAAAGAAUUAGGGAUUAUGUUAAAAACUCGGGAGAAAAAGGUGUAGAAGAUCCAAUCUUGGAAGGCCAUCUGGGAGUAACAAAAGAGUUACUGUCCUUUCAAACUCCUGAGGAAAAGUAUCAAAUUGGUUGUAAAAAAGGAGGUUUUAAUCUUGUUAAAGAAUUAAUUGAUGAUUUCAUCUUUCCUGCAUCAAAAGCUUACCUUCAAUACUCAAGGAGUGGGGAAUUACCAGCCAAGCAAGCUGUUCCAGUCUGUAAUUCACCAGCUACAAUUAAUGCUGGUUUUGAACUACUCGUAGCUUUGGCGUUUGGCUGCGUGAGGAAUCUUAACCAGAUAGUAAACUGUUUGACUGAAAUGUAUUAUUUAGGCACAUCAAUAACUACUUGUGAAACAACCGAGUGGGAAUAUUUACCACCUGUUGGACCCCGUCCACCAAAAGGAUUUGUGGGACUCAAAAAUGCCGGUGCAACUUGUUAUAUGAACUCUGUACUUCAACAGCUGUACAUGAUUCCUUCAAUCAGGAACAGCAUUCUUGCAAUUGAAAGCAUAGGAAAUGAUAUAAAUGAUGAUAUAUUCAAGGAUGAGAGGCAGGACAGUGAGAAUAAUGUUGAUCUCAGAGAUGAUGUAUUUGGAUAUCCUCAUCAAUUUGAAGACAAACCUACAUUGAGUAAAGUAGACGAUAGAAAAGAGUACAACAUUGGUGUCUUAAAACACCUUCAGAUAACCUUUGGACAUUUAGCUUCUUCUCAAUUACAAUACUAUGUGCCCAGAGGAUUUUGGCAACAAUUCAGGCUCUGGGGUGAACCUAUUAAUCUACGUGAGCAACAUGAUGCAUUAGAGUUUUUUAAUUCUUUGGUGGAUAGUUUAGAUGAGGCUUUUAAAGCUUUAGGACAUCCAGCUAUGCUGAAUAAAGUCCUUGGAGGAUCCUUUGCUGAUCAAAAGAUUUGCCAAGGCUGCCCACAUAGGUAUGAAUGUGAAGAAUCUUUUACAACUUUGAAUGUAGAUAUUAGAAAUCACCAAAAUCUUCUUGAUUCUUUGGAACAGUAUAUUAAAGGAGACUUACUAGAGGGUGCAAAUGCAUAUCAUUGUGAAAAAUGUGAUAAAAAGGUUGAUACAGUAAAGCGCUUACUGAUUAAAAAACUACCUUCUGUACUUGCCAUCCAACUGAAACGAUUUGAUUAUGACUGGGAAAGAGAAUGUGCAAUCAAAUUCAAUGAUUACUUUGAAUUUCCCAGAGAACUGGAUAUGGAACCUUAUACAGUAGCAGGUGUCACAAAACUCGAAGAUGACUGUGUAGAUCCACAGACUCAUUUGAUUAAGCAGAAUGAGCAGUCUGAAAGUGUAAUAUCAGGAUGUACGAAAUACAGACUUGUUGGUGUGCUUGUACACAGUGGUCAAGCAAAUGGUGGACAUUAUUAUUCCUAUAUCAUUCAAAGAAAUGGUAAAGACAGUAAGAGAGGUCGCUGGUUCAAAUUUGAUGAUAGAGAUGUAACAGAAUGUAAAAUGGAUGAUGAUGAAGAAAUGAAAAAUCAGUGCUUUGGUGGAGAAUAUAUGGGAGAAGUAUUUGAUCAAAUGAUGAAACGCAUGUCAUAUAGACGACAGAAAAGGUGGUGGAAUGCUUAUAUCCUUUUUUAUGAACGGAUGGAUGUAGCUGAUGAAAAUGAGACAUCAGAGUUAAUAGUCAACAGACCUCAUCAGAUUAUGUCACCAGCCAUUGAAAGAAGUGUGUGGAAACAGAAUAUAAAAUUCCUCCAUAACCAAAUGCAGUAUAGCUUAGAAUAUUUUCAGUUUAUUAAAAAGCUGCUUACAUGUAAUGCUGUGUUUUUAAAGCCUACUCCAGGACAAGAUUGCUUAUUACCUGAAGCAGAAGAUAUCACCAUGAUUAGCAUUCAGCUUGCUGCUAGAUUCCUCUUUACUACUGGAUUUCAUACUAAGAAAAUAGUCCGUGGCCAUGCCAAUGACUGGUAUGAUGCACUCUGUAUUCUCCUCCGUCACAGCAAGAAUGUACGCUUUUGGUUUGUUCAUAAUGUCCUUUUUAAUGUUUCAAAUCGUUUCUCUAAGUACCUUCUGGAAUGUCCAAGUGCAGAAAUAAGAGGUACAUUUGCAAAGCUUAUUGUAUUUAUUGCACAUUUUUCUUUGCAAGAUGGAUCGUGUCCUUCACCUUUUUCAUCACCUUUUGCAACUCCAGCACCUUAUAGUCAGAUCUGUGAUAAUAUAAGCUUGAGUGAUCAUUUACUAAAAGCAGUAUUAAAUCUCUUGAGAGGGGAGGUUUCUGAACAUGGACGACAUUUACAACAGUAUUUCCAUUUAUUUAUAAUGUAUGCCAAUUUAGGUUUGGCAGAAAAGACUCAGCUUCUACAACUGAAUGUACCUGCAACCUUUAUGCUUGUGUCUUUGGAUGAAGGACCAGGCCCUCCAAUUAAAUACCAGUAUGCUGAAUUAGUCAAGUUAAACUCAGUAGUGUCUCAGCUGAUCCGGUGUUGCUGUGUCUCCUCAAGGACACAGUCUUCAAUUAGUGGUAAUCUCCCUCUACCAAAUCCUUUUGGUGACCCAAAUUUAUCGCAGCCUAUAAUGCCAAUUCAACAAAGUGUUGCUGACAUUUUAUUUUUGAAAAACACUUAUAUGAAGAAAAUUAUUGAAGACUGCAGCAACUCAGAGGAAACAAUCAAAUUACUUCGCUUCUGUUGCUGGGAGAAUCCUCAGUUUUCAUCUUCUCUUCUCAGUGAAUUGCUUUGGCGGGUUACAUAUUCAUACACAUAUGAACUUCGACCUCACUUGGAUCUACUUUUGCAAAUUAUUCUUAUUGAGGACUCAUGGCAAACUCACAGAAUUCAUAAUGCACUUAAAGGAAUUCCAAACGAUCGAGAUGGACUGUUUGAUACAAUCCAGCGCUCUAAAAAUCACUAUCAAAAACGAGCCUAUCAAUGUAUAAAAUGGAUGGUAACUCUUUUUGACAGUUGUCCUGUUGCCUAUGAGAUCUUACAGGGUAACGGAGAUCUUAAAAAAAAGUGGACAUGGGCAGUGGAAUGGCUUGGAGAUGAACUUGAAAGACCGUAUUCUGGCAGUCCUCACUACACUUACAGCAGCUGGUCUCCUUCAGUACAAAGCAAUGAAACAGCAAAUGGUUGUUUUUUAGAGAGAUCUCAUAGUGCAAGAAUGACACUUGUAAAAGCUUGUGAGCUUUACCCAGAAGAGGACCCUUAUGACCAAGAUGCCCCAGAUGAGCGUGAGUCAUCUGCACCACAAGAUAAACCAUUUUGUGUUUAUUCACACAGCUCUCAAUAUCAAGAGAAUUAUGUACCUGAAGAGUUAUAUUCAUGUCCAGCAGCACAUCAUUUGAAUAACCCUCAGAAAAAUGAUGAACCACAAGAAACUUAUGAAAGCAUUGAAGAAGUAUCUUCAGCUCUAAUAAAGGAUCAGUAAUACACGAAUAAUUAUGGUUUUUUUUUUGUGUUCGUGCAUUCAAAACGUUUUCUAGUAUUUAGUAUUUUACUAGUAUUUAGUUUUAGUAUUUAAAACAUAAGAAUAUUUUCAAACAAACAUGGAGUGGAAAGAAUUUACUGUGAUUAUAUAAUUCACCUGUGGUGAAAUAUAUGUUUUAUGUUAACUGUCCAAUACUAACAUGAAAAAGAUGUAUAAAAUAUACUGUUAUUCAAGAUAGUGACUACACAUUAUUUUUGCUGUACCAAAGUGUGUUGAAGCAAAAUAGAAGAACUAGAUAUAUAGAUAGUUAAGCACAUUGAUUGAUAAAUUUUGGUAGAAUUUAUUAGGUUAAGCUUCAAAAACUUAUGUGGUAUUGUAAAUAAGUGGAUGUCAUCAGAAUCCAUAACAUGUAGAAAUGUCAUUUUCCAAGGUGUCUUUGGAAGCAGCAGUUACCAUAUUUCUUUGUCCAGCCUUCAAAAUCUACUAUUGUCAGAUAGAAACUACUUAAUGAAAAUAUUUUUCAGGUAUAAUUUCAGACUGAAGAACUUUCAAAUUUACACUGUUUUUUUAAAUGUUAACUUUUUAAUAUGUGCAGUAUUUUGGAAGGUCUCUUAAAAACAAGUAGUCCUAUAAACAACAUUA